CUUCCACUCCCACUUCCCAACGCACGCAUUUCUUCUCCAUCCAUCCAUUAACUCCGCCGCCGCCGCCGCUCCAGUUCCCCUCUCGGCUCUCCUGAUCCAGAGCCGCCGUGCCUCCCUCCCGCCGCCCUGAAGCCACUUCCCAACGUAUCCCCUCCCCAUGGUGACCGGGGAACUCUCCACCCACAGGUGAUGCGCGCGCGAGAGGAUCCACCGUCGGGCGGACUCCAUGGUCAAGCUCGUGCAUGUUGUUGGCCGACUCACGGCGAGCGAUCCCAAGGCAGCGAGGUCAUGGGGCGGGCGGUGGAGAAUCGGCAACCUCCGCCCCUAAACCAGCCCCUCCUAACCAAUUCCACGACCGGCGUGAGGAGCUCGCCGUGGCGCUGCAUCGCCGCCGGGGAGGCGCGGAGGAAGAGUUGGUGGUUGCCUGCCCGGAGCUGCUGCUACCUGCAACCACUGCCCCGAGCUGCAACACCGGCGACGUCCCCAAGAUCCUACCGCCGGCCACUUCUCCGGCAUGCUGCUGACGGUCACACCCCAGCCAUCUGUUGCGUGGAUUCAGAUGUAGACUUACUAAAGAAAAUCCACAUCAUGAUGGAAGUGAUGCUUCUGAAGUAAAGCAGCAAGAUUGUAAAUGUGAUCUCAAAACAGAGAAAAAGAACAGAAAGUCUUCCACGGGAAAGAUCUCCAAAGAUGAAAAGAAUGCACUCAAUGCAUGCUUAUCGUCACGUUUUCUCUGGAUUGGUGCAUGUCCUGUGAAAAGUAAAUUUAUCGAGUACCUGAAUCAUGUAAAGCUGGAUCAUGUGCCAGGACUGACUCGUGUUGAGUUGGGUAUUAUAUAGAGGUCUCUUGAAAAUCCAUGCUGACUGUCGAAGUGGUUUUUACACGAGGAGAAAGAGAAGCUUUCUUGGUACAUGACUCAGUGAGACAACACUAUGUUGAACUCCAGUCUGGUGUUCAAGAAUGUCUACCGACUGACCUCGGUAGACCUUUAGCAGUUGGACAGCUGUCACAGCCUGUCAUCCCCAAACCAGGGAACUUUGUGAUGGCAAUGUUUUUACUCUUGACUGUGAUAGUUGCCGGGUUCAAUUUGAUCGGUUGGAGCUAGGUGUUGAGUUUGUGAUGGUAUUGAUUGUAUGCCACUACACCCACUAGAAGUUCUCCCGAAUAUUUCCGACGGCAAAAUAUCAUGAAUAAAUACUAGAAGCUUCUCAGAAGUAAAAUUGGAGGAUCGAUUCAGAGUGUAUGGUGGUGGCGGUGCAGCAAGAUUCGUACCAAAUGAAAUGUUCAAAGUGACGGGGGGAAUGCUUUUGUGAAAAUAGGAGAAGAACUAGGCAAUCUAAAUAUCCGUGGUACCGGCUCUGGUCUUAGCCUACUAGGCAUAAGGCGGAUACUUAGCGACUCAGGACAGCAUGUCAUGAUUCCAAGGUUGCCCAAGGGUCGUGAUUCCGAAGUGCAGUUUCCUUCAGAGCUGAUUUCAUCCUGUGUAGCUACCAUCCUUAAUUGGCAUUAGAAUGAGUAUCAUAUGCUAUUAAUACCGGUUAUUUUCUCGGUAAACUGGUUGUUGGACAGUAUGCAUCAAGAAUGCCAUCAGCAACACCGUCACCAAGGUGGUGCCGUCACGAGGGACAAUGAGGCCUUGGUUGGGUACCUCUUCGAGUGGUGGUCGGUCUACUGUGAUGUGCACGGUUCUACUUGUCACUACUAUUGCUUGCUCUAUUGUUGUUGUGGCUAACCAAUAGUACUACUUUACUGCAAAUGUUCAUAUGCAUACCUCGAGGAGACAUAAUCUUAUCGUAUAGCAUACUGGAAGUUUUCAAAUCAACUGCUGACACAGGAAUCCAUCCCCGACCUAGCUCCUGCAACUCUGUUGCGCCUUGGCGGCAUUUGCCGCCGCCGCGCUGCUCCGGCCGCGAGCACGCCCACUCACCGCCCCAUGCCCCAUGGCCCUCCAAGACCCCGACAACCCACCCUCCCCCUUUGCCCCGCCCCCUCGCCCCUGCUCCCCUGCUGCAAGAUAUCGAGAUCCAGAUCCUGCGGCUGCCGCCCCGUCGGUCGGGGUUCCGUCCGGCGAUGCGCCCAGAGCUCCUCCCGCUGCACCCAGAGCUGCUGAUGCUGGAAGCCUGCUGCUCUCUCCGGAGGAGCCUGCCGCCACGACCCAGCUGCCGCCCCCUGUGGUUCGGCUCCCGGAGAUGGUGGGGACGCCUUCUGCUACGCCAAGCGAGCCGCUGGUUGUGGAGAGGAAGUGGGAGGAGGUUGGAGGACGGCGUCGCCAACGGCUGGAGAAGGGGACGGCGUAGCCUCAGAAGGAGGCUGGGCUGUCCCUCAUCUUCAAGCGGAGAACCUUGGGCCUCUGUUUCCGCUGUUUGGCGUCAGACCACUUCGUCGCUGGCUGCCGAGGCCCUGUCCGGUGCUUGGGUUGCGGCCACUCCGGCCAUCGCGAGAGGGACUGCAAGGCGCGCCAUGCUCCUGGUCAGGCUCCUCGCCUCUGCCCCCACGCGUCUCCAGCGCCUCCUGGUCAUCCUAGUGGCAUGCCUGCUUGCAAAGCGUCGCCCCCUUGCAGCGGCUUGCCUCAGGCCCAUUGACCUCCUCGCUCCUGGGCAGUGGUUGUUGCUCAGCAUGGGGACUCUGCUGCUGAUCCUGGUGAGGCUGCUGAUGAUCCCGGUGAGGCGGCUGCUGAUCCAAGCGUCGCUGCUGCUGUCUCGGGGUCGCUUCAGCCUCUUCUUGCAGCCCAGGCAGAGGCACUAGGCGCUGAGCUGCAGGCGAUGUUCGCUGCUCGUUUGGAGGAGGUGUUUCAACGUCUUCGCGAUUUGGUUGCUGUUGUGCAUGGGUGGACUAAUCAGGUCUCAAGAAUUUGCGAUCUUACGGAAGCGCUUGGUGGCAGCCUUGUCCUCGCCAAUUCCUCGCCGGGUGGGCAUGAGGACACGGGGCCUUUCGGCGCGACAGUUGGUGAGGAGACAUAUGCGGAUAUUGUGGCUGGCUGUUCAUCCGAGAUGGAUGCGCAGACCUCGGUUGCUCCUCCUGGUUUGGAUGGUGUCCUGCCCCAGAUGGUGAUCCAAGACAUGGAGAAGCAAGCCAAUGUUGCUGGUUCUAGUCCUUUGGGUGAUGGCAUGGAGUUGGCUGAGAGGCCCGCACCGCUUGGUGGCAAUGGCGUGCCACCGGGCCCGUCUUCGUCCACCUUGCUGGAUGGGUACUUGAGCAGUUUCUGCUGCUCUGAGCCGCUUUCGUUGCUCAAGGCGCCGAUCCUUGUGCAGCUUGAUUGGGGCUCCGCUUGUGCCGGAAGGCGUAGUGGACGCCUUGAAAAGAAGAAUAAGGAUUGCAGCAUUCCGACUGCCAAGCGUGCUGAGCAUAGGCGUGCUGAGCAUAGGCUAGCAGAGUCUUUCGGAGAGUUGGUAGAGGUCAAUGCUUAGUCGUGGCCGCGCGGUUCUUCGCGAGCACCCAUCUUGUUGCUUGUGUGCUCUAGAGGUUGCAGUUUCAGGUUUGGUUGGGUACAAGUUGUUUCCGAUGGUCUUGGGCCUAGGGACUCUUGUAUCUGGAUCAGAUGAUGUGCCUUGAUUGUAGUGGGGUGUGAGGUGCGCGGUCUUCGCCGGUUUUCCCUUAAUUAACCGUGCAUGUAUGGUAUUUGGGUCCGGUUUCCCUUAUUAACUGGACCACUUUCCCUCUUCCUAUAAUGCAAUGUGGGAGCUCUCCGCCCUCUGAUGAGGUUCCGUCCAAAAAUAAAUUUCCCAUUAGUGUUGAGAGAAGAAAAGAGAACUUAAUCAAUCCAUCUUGGAAGUGCAUAUAGGAAACUUGUACAUUCUCAGGUUCAAAGCACAUAUUAUUUUCCUGCUUAUCCAUAGAAUCUUAUGUAGGGAAACUAUGUGGCCGUGAUAGUGAUUGCAAGCUAGAUCCAAAAUUUCUUGCUCACAGUACUCAUGCUCAUGUUCGUGUCCGUGCAGAAAAAAUCAAGGACAGCAAUGUUGGCCUCCGUAAGCUCCCGGUGGUGGUUUCCUUGCCUGGGCUGCUGGUGCUGGCGUUCCACACGGAGCAAAAGCUAGUGUCUUCCAGGAGAAGGACAAUGAGCUGACGUUGUUCCUCCAGAUGCGCUGCCUCCGUGACAUGGAGGGCUGACCUGUUGCUGCUCUUUUCCAACAGCAACAAUGAUGUCAACAAUGGCGGUAGUGAUGGCACGAGUGGGGUGACAGGAUGGGCAGCUCGCCCAAGACGGCGCCCUGCCAAUGAUUUCCUCCACCCGAAUGCUAGGGACAAGAACGACUACAACGGAUAGGUAGUACUUAUCUGUGCUGUGACGAAUGGACUAAUGAAUUUGCUGAUUUGAUUGAUAGUUUUUUUCGUGUUCUCUGGAUGAAAUCUCAUUGUGGAUGAUUAGUUCAUUGGCUGAACUGAAACCUUGCACUCGUCUGUGUACAGGUGUUCUAUGUUUACAUUUUAGAUUUAUAUGGUGUUUCCUUAAGAUCGGAAUCACGCGUCUGCAUGUGUUGUGCAACAGUGAACUAAUUAUCCUUGUGUACUUGACCAAUUAAUAUGCAUACAUGGAUAUGAUCAAUUUGUAUCUAUGUAUGCACCUUGUAUCUACAUGAAUUCUUUUGUAUUAAAAUGUGGUGGACUUUUUGACAGUGUGGGUGCCAUUUGAGCAUUGUUGUUUGCUACCCUGUUUUUGCAUUCUGCUUUAUAGAAUAGCAAGCUCCUCUAUGAUUAUAAGUAUCAUCAUAAGGUUAUAAAUAGAGCUAUACUAUUUAUCUAUUCUUUUUUCUUGGUUCAUAAUCACUUUAUUGAUUUAAUGUGCAAUUAUAUGAUAUUUCCUUUCUUUUACUUAUAUUUCCAUCUAUCGUAACUGCAAGUUGUAGAAGCCUGAGAGCAUAGGAGGAAGCAGGCUGAUGCAUGACUGGUGGGUGGCCUUCUUCUGCGACUCUUAGGUUUUUUUGCCCUUCGACUUCCUUGCCGACCGGCUAUGAACUACAGCUCGCCUCCUGCUCCUCUCUCUCGUCGGGUGUUCAUUUCGGUGUUACCCGGUUGUUAUGGCUCCAGUAGUGUUGUUGUUGCUGAUGUGCUGGCCACGGCCUACACCAUGAUAGGAAUAUGAUAUCGACUCAGAGAGGACCAUCAUGCCCAUGGACAUGGAGAAGAAACCUGGUGCCUCAGGUCUGAGAUGGUCACAAGGCUCUCCGACUUCCUCGCCGACCGGCUAUGCAUUGUGGCUCGCCUCGGGCUUCUCUAGCUUGUUGGUUGUUUGCUCCGAUGUCACCCGGCAGUUCUGGUUCCAGCAGUGUUGUUGUUGUUGCUGCGGUGCUGGCCACAGCCUCCCAUCGCUUGUUGUAAGAAGCUACUUCAUGAUAUGAUUACGCUGUCGACUCGGAUCCAAAGAGGUCUGACAUGCGCAUGGACACAGAGGAGAGGCAAUCUGGUGCCUUGGGUCUGAGAUGGGCACAAGGCUUCUAUUAUUGGAGAACGGAAACAAGGAGCUCAAGAGCGACCUCAAGUACCUCAACAUCAACACUGCAAUGGUCGUUGUUUGUGCUGCAAUGGCUGGCUAGGAAGAAGGUGGUUAGCGGAGAAGGUGGAAGUAAAGUUGGCUUUGAAGAGCGGCAACUUUCGAGGACUGGUUGGCCAUUGGUUCUGAGUUCUGACAAGGGCAAAUGGAGAAAGUUCUGACAAGGGCAAAUGGAGAAAAUGUAGCAAAGCAUCACAGGUGCAAAAAGUAGAUGGAUGAUGCAGGUUGACUUCAUGUUGGUUUGUGUCACGUUUGAUAUCUCAUUUUGCUAGAGAAGGCCAUCAUACUAAAAAACAACACAAUAAGGGCUGAUGUUUGUGCUGCAAUGGCUGGCUAGGAAGGAGGUGGUUAGAGGAGAAGGUGGAUGGAAAGUUGGCUGGGAAGAGUGGUAACAUUUUGAGGACUGGUUAGCCAUUGGUUCUGAUAAAGGCAAAUGGAGAAAAUGUGGCAAAGCUUCACAGGCCAUCAUGCUAAGAAACAACACAAGAAGGCGCUAGAUGGAUAUGCAUGCAUGUUCUUGCUGCCGGGAAUGAUGCAGCGGACAGUGACGAGUGGCACUCGACGAUGUGGCGGCGCUAGUUAGUGCUAUCGAUGGCUAUUGUGCAUGUUUUAAUCUUGUAUUAAGAAAAUUACUACUUGAUAGAUGGCAGAAAACUAUUAGCAGUUGGUAUCAAGUUAAUUUUGGUACGAAUGAACCAAAGGGGCAAUAGCAUGAAGCAAACAUGAUUUAAAAUUUCCGCGCGAAACAAAUGCAUGCAACGUUAAAGAUA